UCUGAUUCUAAAGGACCACGUUGGAUUAUCGUUCAUGCAGGUGGCGCCAUGGGAUUUGUACCCAAUGCUCAGCUAAUUUUUAGAUCUCAAUCAAAAUCAGCUGAUUAUCAUGAUGAAAUGAAUAAAGUUAACUUUAAUAAAUGGCUUAGGGAAAAAUUGAUACCAAAUCUACCUCCGCAAUCAAUUGUUGUCAUGGAUAAUGCCUCCUAUCAUACUGUUCAAGUUGAUAAGGCACCAACAAUGUCAAGCACUAAGUCCGAAAUGCAGUCCUGGAUCACAAGUAAAGGACUUUCGUAUUUGCCGACGAUGUUGAAAGCGCAGCUGUAUGAAAUAAUUAAAGAACAUAAACAACUACCUGUAUAUGAAGCAGAUGUAAUGUUAGAAGAGAAUGGCCAUAAAGUAUUAAGACUUCCGCCUUAUCAUUGUGAUUUAAAUCCAAUUGAGCUUAUAUGGAGUGUGUUAAAAAGACGAGUUGCUGAAACAAACGUUGGCCAAGAAGCUAAUAAAAUAGUGCAAAUUACUGAGGAAGCAUUUGCAACUAUUACUGCAGAGGAAUGGAACAAAGAAUGCGAGCACGUCAUAAAAAUAGAAGACCAAUACUACGGCGACGGCCCAGUCGAUAAUAGAUAGCGAAACGGAAAGAUUCAUAAUCGAAGUAGGCGAAGAUACUGAUACUUCUGAUGAUAGCGAUGCUGAGGAUAAUAAUAUGUCAGAUGUAGAUGAACAUAAUUAUUGUAAAAAAUUAUGAAAAUAAACAUUUUUAGAUUAAAA